AUGUCUAAGUUUUUAUCCAUCAAGCCAUAUGAAACUGUUUUACCCAUCAAACACGGGGUACAUCGCAAGAGUGUCCAGGCGUGCGAGCUGCCCGCGGUCCAGUCCGAGCACAGCCACUACGUGUGCGACGAGAAGGGCGAGCCCAAGUGUCUGCCCGGCUGGCAGGGAGACCUCUGCGACGUGCCGAUAUGCAAGAAGGGAUGUGAUCCUUUACAAGGUUUCUGCACCCGGCCGGGCGAGUGUCGGUGCAAGUUGGGUUUCUACGGGGACAAGUGUAACAAGUGUAUCCCGCUGCCGGGCUGCCAGCACGGCUACUGCAACGUCUCCUUCGAGUGCAUCUGCAGGGACGGCUGGGAUGGCAUCUUCUGUUCUGAACCCAUGUGCCGCUCCGACUGCCACUCCACGCGUGGCUACUGCGAGAACCCCGGCGAGUGUCGCUGCAAGCUGGGCUGGGCUGGCCCCACGUGCCGCGCCUGCCAGCCGCUACCUGGCUGCCAGCACGGCUACUGCGACAAGCCGCUAGAGUGCAAGUGCUUACCCGGAUACACUGGCUUGCUAUGCCAGACGCCGGUGUGCGCCCCCGGCUGCCACGGUGAGCGGGGCUACUGCCGUCGCCCGGGCGAAUGCCGCUGCAAGGUGGGCUGGACCGGCCCCUCGUGCCGCGAGUGUCACCGCUACCCGGGCUGCGUGCACGGCACGUGUAACAAGCCCUGGGAGUGUUUGUGCGAGAAGGGCUGGGGAGGCAUGCUGUGUGAUGAAGAACUAAACUACUGCGAGAAGAAUCCUGGCACGUGCCAGAAUGGCGGUCGCUGCCAGUCCCUCGAGGCGAUGGACGGCCACUUCCGGUGCCAGUGCCCGCCUGGCAUCAGCGGCAAACACUGCGAGAACCUGCCAGACAGCAUGACCACUCCGACCACUACUACAACCACUAACGCAACAACAACCACUACAACCACGACCACUACCACUGAGGCGGAAGAAGUAGAGGAGACUACUGAACAAAGCGACAAUGAGACUGAAUAGAAA